UCGCACCACCCCCCCCCUCUGCCGGCUCCGCAGUAACGCCGGGUCCUGCGCCCGCUCCCUUCCUUCCCCCCGAACAACAUGGCGGGGCUGGGCAGCGGGGAGCGCUGGGCAGAAGCCUUAAUUGACGUGCUCAGAAGAAAUGCACACUCAACAGAGGAAAACAGUGAGAGUUCUGACUUCUGUGCUUGCAGCAACUGUAUGAAAGGGAAGAACGAGAAGUGCGACAAUGAGAGGGGUCAAGCAGGCUCUGAAGAAGCUAAUAUGACUUACACAGAGGAGCAGUUGUAUGGGGUACAAAGAAUAAAGAAGUGUAGCAAUUAUUAUGAAAUUUUGGGAGUUGAGAGAGAUGCCAAUGAGGAGGAUUUGAAGAAAGCUUAUCGAAAACUGGCCCUUAAAUUUCACCCUGACAAGAACUGUGCUCCUGGAGCAACAGAAGCUUUUAAAGCAAUAGGCAAUGCUUUUGCCAUUCUGAGCAACCCUGAAAAACGAUUACGAUAUGAUCAAUUUGGGGAUGAGCAAGAGACUUUCGGCACUCCCCGGGCUAGGAAUUAUGAUUAUUACAGGGAAUUUGAAGCAGACAUCACACCAGAAGAAAUAUUCAACAUGUUUUUUGGUGGGCACUUCCCUACAGGAAAUAUUCAUAUGUUUUCAAAUGUAACACCAGAUGCUCACUAUUAUCGGCGGCGACACCGAAAUGAGAGAGCCUGGAUGCAGGAAAAAGAGGAGGAAGAGAACAGGCCUCAGAAUACAUACUCUGCGUUUAUUCAGUUGCUGCCAGUUUUGGUGAUCAUAGUUGUGUCAGUUAUAACUCAGCUGAUGGCCACUAAUCCACCCUACAGCUUGUUCUACAAAUCGUCCAUAGGCCAUACCGUUCCUAGAGAAACACAAAACCUGCAGGUGCCUUAUUAUGUUGAUAAAAACUUUGAAAAUAGUUAUAAAGGAGCAGAACUUCAAGAGCUAGAGAAAACGGUUGAAAAGGAUUAUAUAGACUAUAUCCAGACCAGCUGCUGGAAGGAGAAACAACAAAAAUCCGACUUAUCGAAUUUGGCCAGAUUAUACAGAGAUGAGCGAUUAAAACAGAAAGCGGAGUCACUGAAACUUGAGCACUGUGAAAAGCUCUCCAAUCUUAUUGGACUACACAAGGGGGGCUGAGUAGGCCAGACAAAUGCUGGGUUAUUUAUUGCUGUUUUAACUUAUUUCUAUUUUCCUUUGUAUUUAUUAAAAAAAAGAAAAAGAGCCUAAUGUAGAGUCUUAAUAAUUGGUAACUUUGCAAAGUUCACCAAAUUGGGCAACCCUGAGCCAUAGACACGGUAUUUGCUCUAAUAUACUGUGUAUUCUGUUUGGUUCCAAGGACCAAUGGUAUUCAAUGGAAAUUAACUCCCUAAAAUGUAGCGUAGUGCGGCACCAGUCUUCAUUUGAUACAGUUUUUCUGCCACCCAAGCAACUUUCCUUGCCAGAAAAGUAUACAUAAUAUCCCAUACACUCUGUAUUUUAUUUGGACAUAGACCACACUCAGUCAUUCAGGCGAUGUAGUUUUCAGUUAUAUGCUGGCAUUCCCAUAUUCAUCUGAAGCUGAUGUCCUUGCAUCCAAAAUGGCUUGUGAAAAAAAAUUGAGGGCAUACUCCCUUCUCCAUUCUACCUUCCAGUGCUUAGUUCAGGUAUUCCUCAAGGCCUUGAUUCAGCUAAGUACCUAAGCAUGUACUUAGGUCGCAUUGAAGUCAAGGAGAUUUAAGCAUGUGCUUAAAAUUAAGCAUGUGUUAAGUGCUUUGCUGAAUUUAGAGCCAAACCUGUACUAUUCGUUUAUAAUUAGUGAUGUAAGUAACCCAGAUUGCAAGUAGGAACUUGGAAAUUGUUUGCUCCUGCAAUAGCAUCUCAGUUGCUAACAUUCAUUAUUGUGCAUGUGGGAUGCAUUCCUGGAGUCCCUGCUCUUGCCACAGUAUCUCAUUUGAACUCGACCAUUUAUCCUUUUCUCUCUCAUUGAAAACUUGCAAUGAUAAAAUUCAUUGUGAAAAUUACAGCUGCUAUUUAGCUAAAUUUGAAGGAUGCCAGUGGAUCUAAUUAAGCAAAGGUGUAUCCCAUCUCUUUUGCAAUGAGCGGGAGAAGCUUUCCCACAGCUGUUAGUAUUAUAAUCUAGUUUAACUGGCCUAGGAACUGUAAGGCUGAUCCUCCAGUGGACUAGAUCUGAUGUAGAGGCUCUUAUGCCACACGAUCACCCUGCUGCCAGUGUAGCAUGGAAAAGAGGGCAUGGCUUCUGCAACAUGUCAAUCUUCAGUUGCAUUUUGGCCCCUUGUAACUAUUUCAGCCUGGUGUAAAUUAGAGCAUCCUUUGAGCUGCUCGAACAGUACAAAGAGACCAGUCUGCAUGCAGCUGCAGAAGGAUCAAGACUGUCCAAAGGUGAGUUUUAAACCACUUAUGCCUACCCCCUUAACGGGACUCUGCAGCUUAGCUGCACUCCAGGUUCUGGACUGUUGUAUUUAAUCUUUGACUUGAUUUAGCAGCAGAAGAGGUAGGCCCUCAUCAUACUUCUCUUUUCUUUUUCUGUCUACAAAUUUGUUGAAUGGACUCUUCUAGAGGAUGAAAUUGUCCUUUUCCACAGACCACGUACAUUACAUGUAGUGGUAGUGCAGGCUUCUCCAUCUUCAGCCUGGAUCUAGUGACAAUAGCGACUCUUGUAAUGUGUUGACACGUCUCCACUAGAACUAAUCCAAUACUCCACCCACUUUUAAACCUCACUAUAGGUAGUGCAGGUAACCACCGUUUGCUUUUUUUU